CCAGUGCACGGGGGCCAGCCUGGCCGGCCUUAGCCCAUGUUUUCUUGCUUCUGCUUCAGCCUGCAGGAGAAGUCCUUCAGCAGCCCAGCGGUAGCCGAGUGUGACGAAGACGCCGUGUCUGUUCAUGAAGACCAGCCUGACCGGGCCAGUCUCAGAGAUGAAAAUAAUAAAGAAAACUACCCUGACAACAUCGCCCUCCUAGAAGAGAGUCAGCAGCACGCAGAGCAGGCCCUGUUCCAUGGAGCGUUGCGAUACACCAUGGGCAAUUUCAAGUCCAGAAAACCCAAAUCCGUCCUCAAAGGGGAGGCCGGGAAGGGCCACGGAGAUAACCAGGAGCCAGAGAAUGUCUCUCCUAAUCCAUCUGAAUGGCAGGGAAGAGCAGGAGCCCCAGCCAGUGAGAGUCCUCAGAGCGUCACCUUCCACUGCCAAGAUGUGGUGCGGCAUCAGCCACGGUCAGAUCAGAGGGUGGCUGUUUGGCCAAAGGAAGCAUCAGAACCUUUGCAGGACUUAAACGAGGAAGAAGCUGCCCCGCUGCAGGGGGUCCAGGACCCUGCCCUGUCACCCCUCCAGAGCACCCCGGCCGAUGAAGCCCACGCUGGAGACCCGGUGCCCGCCUACAAAGACUGGCGUAAUGAAGCCGACAGCAGCUCCGAGGACCCGCCGUCCCUCGGCACCAGCCGCCUGCUGCAUCACAUCACGGACGGAGACCGCCCGCUCCUGUCGCCACGAUGCUCCCUCUUUAGCCAAAGCCAGAGAUUUAAUUUAGACCCCGAAUCUGCCCCUUCUCCGCCCAGCACUCAGCAGUUCAUGAUGCCCAGGAGUUCUUCAAGGUGCGAGGACGCGAAAGGGCCCCAGACGGUGACCCAGCUAACCAAGCACAUCCAGAGCCUCAAGCGGAAAAUCAGGAAAUUCGAGGAAAAGUUUGAGCAGGAAAAGAAAUACCGGCCUUCUCAUGGAGACAAGACUUCAAAUCCUGAAGUCCUGAAAUGGAUGAAUGACUUGGCCAAAGGCCGCAAGCAGCUCAAAGAACUGAAGCUAAAGCUCUCAGAGCAACAGGGGAGUAUGCCCAAAGCUAUGCCACACCAGACCCUGCAUCAGGAACCAGCUGCCAUUCCCAAAGAGAUGGAGAAGCCAGAAGCUGCAGGCACUGAGCCAAAUUCCUCUGGGGAAGAGAUGCCAGAUGCCCUGGUCAAGCAGCUGAAGGAGCAGAGAGAACCACUGACUGCCCAGGAAGAUGCCAAGGUAAUGAAACAAGACAAGAGCCUGAUCAAGCCCCUUUAUGACCGAUACAGAAUCAUCAAGCAGCUCUUGUCCACGCCUUCCCUGAUCCCCACCAUUCAGGAAGAAGAAGACUCUGAUGAAGACGGUCCCCAGGGAAGCCACCAGCCUUCCUUGUGCGAUCCAGCCUCCUGCUUGCCCGUGGGCGGGCCCCUUCCCUUCCUCAACGAGACUGAGUCUGCUGCAGCCUUACCUCUGGAUGCAAAGAAGGAAGUCAGACAUCCUGCCCUUUCCAUGUCCAACUUGCACGAGGCCACCAUGCCGGUUCUACUCGACCAUCUUCGAGAAACCAGGGCUGACAAGAAGAGGCUUCGCAAAGCAUUAAGAGAAUUUGAAGAGCAGUUUUUUAAGCAGACCGGACGGAGCCCCCAGAAGGAAGAUCGGCUUCCCAUGGCAGAUGAAUACUAUGAGUAUAAGCACAUAAAAGCCAAACUGCGAUUACUAGAGGUUCUCAUCAGUAAGCAAGAUGUGUCAAAAACUAUCUGAGGUUGUGGAAAAGUCCUGAUUGAAUUCUUCCAACGGAGGCAACUUUUCUCGCCCUCUCCUUCCUCCUGGGUCAUUUUGAACACUGUAUUCAGAAGCACUUUAAGCCACAGAAUUAGCUGUGGAUGAGAAAGGAUGGCAUUCGUGAUAUCACAUGGAUGGGAGAAAUUGAGAAGGGCCCCUGUGGUCAAAGAAAAGGAGCCAGUGGGAGAGGAAUCCCCAAGGAUGAUUUAGAACAUUCCCAGCCCAUCGAAUUUUUUUUAAGGUUGAUAUUGACUUCAGUUGAUAGAGUACUUACACAAAUGUAGUGACAUAUUCUAUUGUUGAGAGAGGUCACUCAGGAGGAAACCAAUCCAAUGUAGUUUCUUAAGACAAGCUCACGUUGACUGCAUAAGGAGGAAGAGGGUGGUAAAGUUAAAACUCCUUUGGGGGAAUAAAAAAGCAAUAGAGGAGAAAUUCUGCUUUUUCAUACAGAAAGGAAUAACAUUGGUAGUAAAAUAGUUAAUUAAGCUUCUACUAGAAAUUAUUUUUUAGAUAAGCAAAAAACCCACAGACAUUCAAUUGUCCUUUUAUGUCUCCAGUACCUUAAAAUAACUGACCUUAGAAUAGGUGAUGCUGAUUUUUAAUUUCUCUAUUAAAAUUAGCACCUUAUUUUUGCCUUUGAUUUGAAAUUUUGUGUUUCCAAUUACCAAAGCUCAUUCUGACGGCAUGCACUUUGUGAAUUAUCAAGUAUUCUUUGUCUAUACUUGCCAGAUGUUUAUAUUAAAAUAAAAAUAUUGCGUUCAAAUUUGAAAAUAGGUAUUUUGGAUAGCUCAGUGUCUGUAGCAUAUAACUGAAUUGCUGGUUAUGAUUGCUAAGCUAUUUGCUUCCUGGAACUCAGAUUACCUGAUUAUUUUUCCAUUGGAAAUAGGCAUUUUUCUCAAUGUUCUACAUGUAAAUGCUCUAAGCUGGUGAGAUCUAAGCAUUUCCUCCCAAGCUGUGAUUCUUGUCUCUGGGCAAAAGUUCAUUUCAAAGCUUUGUGAUUGUCUGUUCCAUUAUCUAACAAAAUACAGGAAAUGCUUGAGGGCAGUGAAGCCUUUUGAGAAGACCAGAGGGGAGGAGGCCUGUCACAUCACAUUGAGUAUAUGUUGUUCAUGCCGCUCUGUAUGAAAGGACACACUGCCAUUUAUUUUUGUUUUGGUCAAAAGUCUGUGAAAUGGCAACACUUCCUUUGGUCUCAACCACAUCUACAGUCUAUAGUGUAGGUAAUGUUUAAGCAUGGUUCUGAAGAAAUCCACAUUUUCAUAGUCUGGAUGAGAAAAGUGUUGAGCACUCCACAAGUGGACUUUUCCAUUUCCCUGGCUUGUUGUUUUCUGUGUAUUGACUUUGGUAUUUUAUAACUUUUAUGAAUCAGAAUAAUUCUCCUUCGUAAACUUGUUUAAUUGAAAUCUGUCUCUAAUAAUAACAGGAACAGAUACACAGCUACUUACUUGAGAUUUACAAGCUAUGUCUUUGAUAAGGGGAAACGGUUUCAUGACGUGUACAAUUGCUAUUAAAAUGUAAUCUAUAUAUUCUAUAUGAUUGUAAAUAUUUUAUAUAACAGUACAAAUAAAAUAUUUUUCUAUUAUAUUUA